CCAAGAUGGAGGCGUUUGGCUCGCCGAACUCCUCGACCGCGCAAGCGGUCACGUUUAUCACUUUCGUCCAGGACCUAAAGCGCAAGACGAAGACAUGGGGACCGAUGAUAGAGCUCUGUGCCAAUGGCGAGAAGACGCUCGAGCGCUUUCGAUACCAAUUUCCGGACGACUGGCUGUACAGCGAUCAACUGAAGGGGGAGUGGAGCGCAUUUAAUGAGAUUCUGAAGCGGAAGAACGACUCGAUCCAGGAGCAGCUCGCUGGGCUGCAGCUCAAGAUUGUCGCGGAGGACAAGAUCGUGGAGAACAAGAUCAACGAUAUCCUGAACGAGUGGGAGCAGACGCGCCCCGUGCAGGGCAACAUGCGCGCGGACACGGCCAUGAACACGAUCAACGUCUUCGAGGGGAAGCUCACCCGCGUGCAGGAGGAGUACGACCUCGUGUGCCGCGCCAAGGAGGCGCUCGACCUCGAGCUCACCCGGCACACGCGCCUCGAGCCCGUGUUCGAGGAGCUCCGCGACCUCAAGGCGGUCUGGACCGCGCUCUCGGGCGUCUGGAGCCAGAUCAACGAGCUGCGCGAGCUCUCGUGGGCGACGGUGCAGCCGCGGAAGCUGAGGCAGCAGAUUGACGGGUUGUUGACGUCGACCAAGGAGAUGCCGACGCGGAUGCGGCAGUACGCUGCGUUCGAGUAUGUUCAGGACCAGCUGCGUGGGCUGUUGAAGUCGAAUUCGGUGGUGUCGGAUCUCAAGUCGGAGGCUCUCAAGGAUAGGCAUUGGAAGCAGCUUUUCAAGAACUUGCGGUUGCCCGCGGCAAUUAGUUUGACGUUGAUGACCUUGGGCCACGUCUAUGACUUGGAUCUGAAGAAGAAUGAGAGUUUGAUUCGAGAGGUCAUUAUACAAGCACAGGGAGAGAUGGCGCUCGAGGAGUACAUUAAGCAGGUGAAGGAGGUCUGGUCUAACUAUACGCUCGAGUUGGUGAACUACCAGAACAAAUGCCGUCUCAUCAGAGGAUGGGAUGACCUAUUCAACAAAUGCAGUGAGAAUCUGAACUCGCUUACGGCCAUGAAGCUUUCUCCAUACUACAAAGUCUUCGAGGAGGAGGCCAGCUCUUGGGAAGAGAAGCUAAACAGGAUUCACGUCCUCUUCGAUGUAUGGAUCGAUGUGCAGAGGCAGUGGGUCUACCUGGAAGGUAUCUUCUCUGGAAGUGCGGACAUCAAGCACCUGCUGCCUGUGGAGAGUGCGCGCUUCCAAAACAUCAAUUCUGAAUUCCUCACGGUCAUGAAGAAAGUCUACAAGUCUCCCUUUGUGAUCGACGUGAUGAACAUCCAAGGCAUUCAGAAAAGCUUGGAACGGCUUGCUGAUUUGCUCAACAAGAUUCAGAAAGCUCUUGGAGAGUACUUGGAGCGGGAACGUUCUUCCUUCCCCCGCUUCUACUUCGUUGGUGACGAAGACUUGCUGGAAAUCAUCGGUAACAGCAAGGACAUCCUUCGUAUCAUGAAGCAUCUCAAGAAGAUGUUUGCUGGUAUCUCCACUAUCAGGCUCGAUGAGGGUUUGACCGAGAUUCAAGGAAUGGCUUCCCGCGAGGGUGAAGAAGUCAAGUUCAAUACCCCUAUCUCGCUCAAAGAGUAUCCCAAGAUUAAUGACUGGCUCGCGAAACUGGAGGCGACUAUGCGGGUCUCGUUGGCUGAGCUGCUUUGCGAAGCUGUGUCUGAACUACAGAUGUUCUACGGUCUGUCGUCGGGAUUGCCAAAGGAUCAACUCAUGGCGUGGCUGGAGAAAUACCCCGCUCAGCUGGUGACGCUGGUCAUUCAGGUCGCUUGGACCACUUCAGUAGAAGCGAGUUUUGCAGAACGUCAGACGCCAACUGGUCCUCUUGAGACUGUCAGCCAAGCCCUUGAUCUCCUUGCCGACAUUGUGUUGCAAGAGCUCUCACCUGUCACUCGUCGCAAGUGUGAACACCUCAUUACGGAACUCGUCCAUCAGCGAGACGUCACUCGUGCUCUCAUUCAGCAGAACAUCGUCGACUCGAAGGCUUUCGUUUGGUUGUCUCAGAUGCGAUACUACUUGGACAAUGCCAUCGAACAGCCGCUUGAUCGCCUCGCCGUUCGCGUCGCGGAUGCUACCUUCCCCUAUGGUUGGGAGUACCUUGGUGUUCCCGAUCGACUCGUUCAGACACCACUCACCGACCGCGUGUACCUUACCCUCACGCAAGCACUCGACAGUCAGCUUGGAGGAUCUCCCUUCGGUCCUGCCGGUACUGGCAAAACCGAGUCCGUCAAGGCACUUGGAGUCCAGCUGGGCCGCUUCGUGCUUGUAUUCUGUUGUGAUGAGACAUUCGACUUCCAAGCCAUGGGUCGUAUCUUCGUCGGUCUUUGUCAAGUCGGUGCUUGGGGAUGUUUCGACGAGUUUAACCGACUUGAAGAACGUAUUCUUUCCGCCGUCUCCCAACAAGUCCAGAGUAUCCAGCAAGGUCUCGCUUCAUUGGUGAAGAACCCCAAUACCGAGAUCGAACUCGUUGGCAAGACCUUGAGGAUUAACAAGAAUAUCGGUAUCUUCAUCACGACUAACCCUAACUACGCUGGUCGUUCGCAGCUGCCUCCUAACUUGACGAAGCUUUUCCGACCUAUGGCCAUGACGCGGCCCGAUCGCGAGCUUAUUGCUCAAGUCAUGUUGUUCUCGCAAGGUUUCCGUACCGCGGAGUCGCUCGCAUCCAAGAUUGUUCCGUUCUUUAACCUUUGCGACGAGCAGCUCUCUCCUCAGCCCCAUUAUGACUUCGGUCUCCGUGCUCUCAAGGCUGUGCUUGCUAGUGCCGGUAUCCUGAAACGUGAGCGGCUACAGGCUGUGAGGGAUUCUGAAGAGGAGGCACCGGAAGCCGAGGGCCUCUCGGAUACCAUCUCAGAACAAAUCAUCGUCAUUCAGAGUGUCACGGAGACUAUUGUGCCUAAGCUUGUCGCAGAUGAUGUACCUCUCCUUACCAGCCUUCUAGCAGACGUGUUCCCUGGAACCGAAUAUGAGCCAGUUGACCUCGGUGCUCUCCGUGAGGAGAUCCUCAAAGUCUGUGCUGAACGCCGUCUUGUGGAUGGCGAGCGAUGGAUUGCAAAGAUCCUGCAGCUUUAUCAGAUCCAAAAGAUUCAGCACGGUCUUAUGAUGGUUGGUUCUUCUGGUAGCGGCAAGACAAACGCUUGGCAAGUUCUGCUAGCUGCUCUUGAGCGACUGGACGGCACCGAAGGUAUUGCAUAUGUCAUCGACCCCAAGGCCAUGCACAAGGACGCGCUGUACGGUACACUCGAUCAGACGACUCGUGAGUGGAACGAUGGUCUAUUCACGCACAUACUGCGCAAGAUCGUCGAUGACGUCCGUGGAGAGAGUGGGAAGAGACACUGGAUCAUCUUUGACGGUGAUGUUGAUCCUGAAUGGGUUGAGAACUUGAACAGUGUACUGGACGAUAACAAGCUUCUGACUCUCCCGAACGGCGAACGUCUCAACUUACCUCCGAACGUACGGAUCAUGUUCGAGGUUGAGCAUCUCCGAUAUGCCACAUUGGCUACCGUCAGUCGCUGCGGUAUGAUCUGGUUCAGCGAGGAUGUCAUCGACCCGGCCAUGGUCUACCAGCACUACCUCUCCACCUUAUCUACUGUUCCCUUGGAUGCCAGCGAUGAAGAUGCCGCUGACGUUCUCGGCCGUCGUGCCGAUGCCUCCGAAGCGACUUCUGCCCACCUCGAGACACAGAAGCAGAUUGCGUCUAACUUGGAGCGUUACUUCGCAGAUGGUGAACUGGUCAGCUCUGCCCUCUCUUAUGCAGAAUCCAUCGAGCACAUCAUGGACUUCACGGCGGCUCGCGCUUUGGAGACUCUGUUCUCCCUGCUGAACAAGACUGCUCGCAACAUUAUCGAGUACAACAUGCAACACACUGAUUUCCCACUAUCGGCUGAACGGGUGGAACAAUACGUCACCAAGCGUCUCCUAGUUAGCAUCAUCUGGGCGUUUUCAGGUGACGCGAAGCUCGACUUGCGCGCUCAAAUGGGCGAAUUCCUCUGCAAACAGACUGGGAUUGAUCUUCCUCCCUUGGGCCCUGGUGCAUCCCUCAUUGACUAUGAUGUUCAAAUCGCCAACGGUGAAUGGGUGGCUUGGCAAUCCAAAGUUCCUGUCAUCGAGAUAGAGGCACAAUCCGUCACCGCUUCUGAUAUCGUUGUUCCUACCAUGGACACGGUUCGCCAUGAAGAAGUCCUAUACUCAUGGCUUUCCGAGCACAAGCCUCUCAUGCUUUGUGGUCCUCCUGGUUCGGGCAAGACUAUGACUCUCUUCAGUGCCCUCCGGAAGCUGCCAGACAUGGAGGUUGUUGGUCUGAACUUCUCCAGUGCCACCACGCCAGAGCUCAUCCUCAAGACUUUCGAGCAGUACUGCGAGUACCGCAAGACUCCUAAUGGUGUUAUCCUUGCACCAGUGCAAAUUGGUCGCUGGCUUGUCGUGUUCUGUGAUGAGAUCAACCUGCCAGCUCAGGACAAGUACGGCACGCAGCGGGUUAUCUCGUUUUUGCGACAGCUGGUGGAAUGCGGCGGGUAUUGGCGCUCCAGCGAUAUGGCCUGGGUCACUCUCGAGCGCAUCCAAUUUGUCGGCGCUUGCAAUCCUCCAACUGAUCCUGGUCGUGUGCCUCUUAGCCAUAGGUUCUUGCGUCAUGCCCCUCUUGUGAUGGUCGAUUACCCUGGCGAAUUGUCUUUGAAGCAGAUCUACGGAACAUACAGUCGCGCUCUCCUGAAAGUUGUCCCUACACUCCGCGCCUACGCGGAGCCUUUGACAGACGCUAUGGUUGCCUUCUAUCUUGACUCUCAGAAGCGAUUCACAGCCGACAUUCAGGCUCACUAUGUAUACAGUCCUCGUGAGCUUACGCGUUGGGUUCGUGGUAUCUAUGAGGCAAUCAGGCCACUCGAGAUCCUUUCUGUGGAAGGUCUUGUUCGUGUCUGGGCACAUGAAGCCCUCCGUCUCUUCCAGGACCGUCUGGUCACGGAGGAGGAAAGACAAUGGACCGACGAACAUAUCAACAAUGCAGCGAUGGAGAACUUCCCCACUAUCAACCAAGAGGAAUCCCUCAAACGUCCCAUACUGUUCUCCAACUGGACAUCCAAGAAUUAUAUCCCAGUCGACCGGGAGGAGCUUCGGGAGUAUACCAAGGCACGUCUCAAGGUGUUCUACGAAGAAGAGCUCGACGUCCCGCUGGUUCUCUUCAACGAUGUCCUCGAUCACGUUCUGCGUAUCGACCGUGUGUUCCGUCAAGUUCAGGGUCACUUGCUGUUGAUCGGUGUCAGCGGUAGUGGAAAGACGACGUUGUCGAGGUUCGUUGCUUGGCUCAACGGUCUAAGCAUCUUCCAAAUCAAGGUGUCUAACAAGUAUACUGGUGAUGACUUCGAUGAGGACCUGCGUACCGUCUUGCGCCGUGCAGGUACCAAAGGCGAAAAGAUAUGUUUCAUCAUGGACGAGUCAAAUGUCCUCGACUCUGGUUUCCUAGAAAGGAUGAACACGCUCUUGGCUAACGCUGAGGUUCCUGGUCUGUUCGAGGGUGACGAGCAUGCUGCAUUGAUGACCGCUUGUAAAGAAGGCUCUCAGCGAGAUGGCCUGAUGCUGGACUCGCAUGAGGAAUUAUACCGCUGGUUCACCCAACAAGUAGCAAAGAACCUUCAUGUCGUCUUCACGAUGAACCCUCCAGAGAACGGCCUGGCUUCGCGAGCUGCAACAUCUCCCGCUUUGUUCAACAGAUGUGUGCUCGACUGGUUUGGAGACUGGUCAGAUCAGGCAUUCUACCAGGUCGGUAUGGAGUUCACGCAUACUCUCGACCUCGACUUGCCUUCAUACUCGCCUCCCGACCACUUCCCUAUCGCAUACCGGGAGCUUUCCUUGCCACCAUCACAUCGCAAUGCCGUGGUCAACGCUCUUGUAUAUGUCCACUCAUCCCUCCACGCUAUCAACCAGCGGCUCAGUCGUCGCCAAGGCCGAUACAACUAUGUCACGCCUAGACAUUAUCUUGACUUUAUCAACCACUAUGUCAAGCUCUACAAUGAGAAACGUGAGGAGCUCGAAGAACAACAACGCCACUUGCACGUCGGGCUUGACAAGCUCAAAGAUACGGUGACGCAGGUAGAGGAGCUGCGCAAGAGUCUCGCCAUCAAGAGAACACAACUACAAGCCAAAGACGCCGAGGCGAACGAGAAACUCAAGCGCAUGGUGUCUGAUCAACAAGAGGCCGAGCAGAAGAAAGCUGCAUCUAUUGAGAUUCAAGCUGCUCUUGUUGAGCAAGACAAGCAUAUAGCCCAGCGCAAGGAGGUUGUCAUGGCCGACUUGGCGGAUGCUGAGCCAGCUGUCCUUGAAGCCCAGGCUGCUGUCGGUAACAUCAAGAAACAACACUUGCAAGAAGUCCGUGCUAUGGCCAAUCCCCCGGAAGCCGUCAAGCUUGCCAUGGAAUCCGUUUGCACGAUUCUCGGUCACAAAAUCGACAGUUGGCGCACAGUGCAGGGCAUCAUUCGCAGGGAUGACUUCAUCCAGCGAAUCGUCAACUUCGACACCAACGCCCAGAUGACCAAACCACUGCGUGACUUGAUGAAGAGAGAAUUUUUGAGUCGGCCAUCAUACAAUUUCGAGAUGGUACAACGUGCCAGUAAGGCUUGCGGUCCUCUCGUCAAAUGGGCUUUGGCCCAAGUCCGGUUCUCUGAAAUUUUGGACAAGAUCGAACCCCUCCGAAAUGAAGUGCAGUCUUUGGAGGACCAAGCAGACACUACCAAGAAGCAGGCAUCACAAAUCAUCACCAUGAUCUCCGAGCUUGAGUCCAAGAUCGCCACAUACAAGGACGAGUACGCUCUCUUGAUCAGUGAAACUCAAGCCAUCAAAUCCGAAAUGGAGCGUGUCCAGAACAAAGUUGAUCGUAGCAUGAAACUUUUGGAGAGUCUAUCAUCCGAGAAGGGUCGUUGGGAAGAUGGCAGCCGCACCUUCGACGCUGAAAUGAGCACCAUUGUCGGAGACGUCUUACUUUCGGCUGCUUUCUUGGCGUAUGGUGGUUUCUUCGACCAACACUACAGAGAAGUCAUGUGGCAAGACUGGUCCGGCCACCUUUCUGAAGCGAACGUCAAGUUCAAGUCAGAGUUAUCACUCACCGAGUACCUCUCCACUGCCGACGAUCGUCUCAGUUGGCAAUCCAAGUCGCUACCCGCUGACAACCUCACCACGGAGAAUGCAAUCAUGCUGAAGAGGUUCAACCGGUACCCACUCAUCAUCGACCCUACUGGCCAGGCUACGACUUUCCUUCUCAAUGAAUACAAAGAUAGAAAAAUCGCUGUAACAAGUUUCCUUGACGAAGCUUUCCUCAAAGUUCUGGAGAGUGCUCUGCGUUUCGGAAACCCACUGCUCAUUCAGGAUGUAGAGAAUCUCGAUCCUAUCCUGAACGCUGUUUUGAACAAGGAGAUCCGGAGGACGGGUGGUCGUGUUCUCAUCAGACUUGGCAAUCAAGACAUCGAUUUCUCACCAUCCUUCACGAUGUUCUUGUCGACUCGCGACCCUUCGGUUGAGUUCUCGCCCGAUGUUUGCAGUCGAGUAACGUUCGUCAACUUCACUAUGACCCGCAGCAGUCUACAAAGUCAGUCACUCGACCAAGUACUCAAGGUCGAACGCCCGGAUACGGAGAGGAAGAGAACCGACUUAAUGAAAGCCCAGGGAGAAUUCCGUCUCCGUCUUCGAACUUUGGAGAAACUGCUGUUGCAGGCCUUGAAUGAAUCCACUGGCAACAUUCUCGACGACGACAAGGUCAUCAGUACCUUGGAAACGUUGAAGCGGGAGGCAGCAGAGAUCACUCGUAAAGUCGAAGAGACUGACGUUGUGAUGAGAGAAGUCGAGGAAGUGACUGCCGAGUAUCUUCCUCUGGCCCAAGCUUGCAGCGCAGUUUUCUUCAUCCUUGAACAGCUCAACCUCGUCAAUCACUUCUAUCAAUUCUCCCUUCGCUUCUUUUUGGACAUCUUCGACUAUGUCCUACACCACAACCCCAACUUGGCUGGCGUCACUGAUCAUCAUCGCCGUCGGGAGAUUUUGCUCAGUGACCUGUUUGUCGUCGUAUUCAAGAGGACUUCUCGUGCUCUUUUCUAUCGCGACCACGUGAUGCUAGCUGUUUUGUUGUCGCAAGUCAAGCUCAGGGGUGUCGAAGAGAUCGCCGAUGAACUUGAGUACCUCUUGGAGGCUGGUCAAGGUGUUACACCCGGCCUUAUCCCGACUCAGAAGUCUCCUGUGCUAAGCGAUGAUCAAAUGGUCACGUUGGAGCACUACGCGAAGAACAGCAUCUUCAAGCCGGUGUUGAACCAUGUCAUGGAACGCCCAGAGGAAUGGGCACCGUUCAUCCAGUCCGAGACGCCAGAGACAAGUGUUCCAAUGCCUUGGGAUCCCAGCACACCCGCUGUGGAAGCUAUCCGCGCUAUGCUUAUAAUUAAGUGCCUACGACCAGACCGACUUCUGCAGGCGACUGCUUUGUUGGUCCGCUCUGUCUUCCACGACGAGUUGUCUGCAGCUCUGGAUCUCGGAGCUAUGGUCAACGACGAAGUGCCGCCUGCUACACCUGUGGGUCUCGUCUCAGUCACCGGAUAUGAUGCCAGUUACCGCGUGGAGAACCUCAUACAGACCAACAAUGUCCGUUCGGCAUCGGUCGCAAUGGGUUCUCAGGAAGGUUUCGCACUGGCGGACCAGGCAAUUGCUGCGGCUGCAAGACAAGGCACAUGGGUACUCUUGAAGAAUGUUCACCUUGCUCCAACCUGGCUUGGUCAGCUCGAGAAGAAGCUUCAGACACUCAAUCCUCAUAGGAACUUCCGUUUGUUCCUAACAAUGGAAGCAAAUCCAUCCAUCCCUGUCAAUAUUCUGCGUCAAUCUCGCCUGAUCAUGAAUGAGCCGCCGCCAGGUAUCAAAGCCAACUUGCUGGAUUCCUUGCGGUCCAUUGCUCCUAUGCGCUUAUCACAAGGUCCCGCAGAGAAGUCACGGCUGUACUUCCUGCUCGCCUGGUUCCACGCUGUCGUCCAGGAACGUCUACGUUAUGUGCCUCUCGGAUGGAGCAAGAUGUAUGACUUUAACGACUCGGACAUGGCAUCAGCAUUUGGAACGAUUGACACCUGGCUCAACUCGGUCGCUAAAGGGCGUGCAAACGUCGACCCUGCGACGAUACCUUGGGAUGCUCUCAGAACCCUAAUCAAGCAGUCAGUUUACGGAGGAAGAGUCGACAGCGAGUUCGACCAACGCAUUCUUGACUCCUUCGUUGACAAGCUCUUUACCCCCAUGGCUUAUAACGUCGACUUCAGCCUUGUACCGAGUGUUGAUGGAACCGUUCUUGAAGGGCCUGAUGGAACUAAAGUUGAACACUUCCUGGAUUGGGUGCGAAAACUACCUGAUCGGGAGCCGCCUUCAUGGCUCAGUCUUCCACCCACGGCGGAGCGCGUCAUUGCCAUUGCACAAGGUAAUGAGCUGCUCGGCAAACUACGUAAGAUGCGCAUGCUAUCGGACGAUGACGAUGAAGUUGGUGCGAGCGGUCCCUCGAAAGGCCAGGGUGUACAACAGCCAGCUUGGAUGCGUCAACUCUUUGAACGGUCUCGCGAGUGGUUGGCACAGCUGCCAUCGAAACUCAACGUUCUUCCGAAGCAAGCGUCGGAGAAAUCGGAUCCUCUGUACCGAUUCUUCUCCCGUGAAGGGACGAUUGGUCAGAAACUCUUGGGCCAAGUCCGGAAGGACCUGGAGAGCGUCAUCAAAGUUUGCGAAGGCGAACUCAAGCAAACCAACCAUCUUCGUACUCUGAUGAGUUCACUGACGAAGGGCACGAUACCAAACCACUGGAGAAAGUACAAAGUGCCCAAGGUCAUGUCAGUCUCAGAGUGUAUCCCUGACCUCUCGCGUCGCCUUGCACAACUAGAAGAGAUUGUGACCAUGCAACAAAACCUGCCUCAUGUUGAGGUGUGGCUUGGAGGACUCUUCUUCCCAGAGGCCUAUAUUACUGCCACCCGCCAAGCUGUGGCCCAUCGCAAACGCUGGAGUCUUGAGACACUUCACCUUCGCCUCGAAAUUGGCGAGGUCAAGAACCCCGAGGCAUUCAUGAUUGAUGGCCUCAGUCUCGAAGGUGCCUCGUGGAAUGUCGAGCUUCGCAAACUGGGCUUGAAUGACGGACAGUCUGUGAGACUGAACCCUUCGCAAAUCCGAUGGGUCCAGAUAGACCCCGAGACGCCUGAAGACAAGACUGGGCUAGUCACCCUUCCGGUCUAUCUCAACAACGAUCGAAGCGACGUGAUGUUCAGUGUCGACCUUCCCUUCGACGACGGAGAUGCUGCAUUGGUUGCAAUGCGGGCUGUUUGUCUGACUGCACGAGGAUAGACGCCGAAUGAUACCAUCGGAAUAAUUUAUUACUAUAUCACUCUUUUACUUUGUCUACACGCGUAAUGAUCUCUAUGACUCUGACGAAUUGGAUUUUGGAUUAUCUCAAACCGCUAGCGCCCCGGCUUGAAGUGACUCGUCUUCAACUGUGGUAUUCAACGGCACUUCCGCCCACCACCUCGAGGGUUUUCCAAUCAACCUCUAUCGAUUCCUCUUUGAAAAUCGCACGAGCACCCUCUGCGAUUGCUUCAAAGUUAUGCGUUGCCAGUGCGAGAAUUGUGGGACCUGCCCCUGACAGGCAAAUACCAAGCAAGCCUGGAUGCGAUUCAGGGGUCAAUCUGGAUGUUACGGCGGGAAGACCAGGGAUCAGGCCCUUGCGAUACGGUUGAUGUACGCGAUCUUUCAUUGCCUCGUAAAUGAGCUCGGGGUCCGGAGGAGACUGACCUAAGGCAGUGGUGAGGACAGCUAGACGCUGCAUAUUGAAAAUCACGUCCUUGCGAGAGUACUGCUCAGGUAGGACCUCACGAGCCUUUGCCGUGCUCAGCUCAAAACGGGGGAUGAUUGCAACAGCCUUGAUCGAUGGAUCCCACUUAAACCGCACAUAGUGGCCGAUCCCCAACGGCGGCACUGGCGGGUUAAGGCCCCAGUCCUCGCCGGCAUCGGGUGGGUACUCGGGCAGAACCUCGGCGAGAGGAACCUGCGCCGCUUCCGUCGCCUGCGGAUCGAGCUCGCGCAGGUAGGAGCCGACGAAGCCGCCGACGAGCGCGGCGGUGACGUUGUCGGGGUGGCGCUCGACCAUCAGCGCGAAGUCGAGCAUGCGCGCGCGCGAGAGGCGUAGCUCGCCGAGCGCGUCGCCGAGGAGGACACCCGCGAUGACAGCGGCGCCCGAUGAGCCGAGCCCGCGGCCGAACGGGAUCUCGUUGUGUGCGUGGAUAGAGAGUAGAGAGGACGGGAAGGUGUGCACGCCGUUGCACCGGAGGACGUAUAGCGCGACACGGGUCGUCAGGUUCUUGUAUGGGUUGAGCGGGACUUCGUCGGCGCCUUCACCCGAGUACGUGAUCUUGACAAGACCAUUCGAGGGUUCGCCGAACUUGACGGUCAGAGUGAGGUACAGCGAGAGCGAGAGACCGACGACGUCAAAGCCUGGGCCGAUGUUGGCUGAUGUCGCGGGGACACGGAGAACGAAGGACUUGGGUGGAGCCAUAUGGCUUGU